UGAGGAAUUUAAAAAGUCCAUUGUACCUAAGGUCCAACUUGAUUAAAUGAAACGCAACAGCUUACCUAUCGCCGGGUGCUACUGACCAUGCCCUCAAUGUUAUCCCAAAUCGUGAACCAAAUAGAUUAAACAUUCGGUGGAAAGUAAUCCAGGGCUCAGUUGCUGAUAACCCCGCCUUCUUCCAGCGAUCCGUGUAGCAAGAACGGUCAAAAAUAGCGUCAACGCCACUGAUGAUACUGGUGCGGCAAUGCAACAGUUGGUCUUAAGAGGCCUCGGGGUAAAGACGCUCUGAUUGCACUCGAAAUGCUGUUCCUCCAGUCGGUGCUAGUGCUCGGGCUAGCUGUUCUGAUACUCGUCUCUCUAAGGGUGUUUAGGAAUCGUGUCCGAGUGGCCAGGCUUCUAAAGCGUUUGCCUGCAUUCAAACCACUGCCUGCGAUACCGCUGCUGGGAAGCGCCCUUUUGUUCAAGGACACCUCUCCAGAUGGUGUGCUGCGUACGCUGGUGGACUGCCACCGGCGGUACGGCAAAAAUCUGUUGCUGCAGGUCCUUUGUAACGAGUACAAGCUGUUGGUCAGCGAGCCCCGCGUGGUCGAGCAGGUAAUUCAGGCGAAAACCAUCCAGAAGGCACCGUUCUACGCAUUCCUGAAGCCAUGGCUAGGCAUGAGCACCGUGGUGUCGAGUGGGCAACAGUGGAGCAACAGACGAAAGUUGAUUAAUCCGGCGUUCCACUACAAAAUGCUAGAAGACUUCCUGGACGUUAUGGUGGCGCAAUCGGAUGUGCUGGUCACGAAGCUGGCGGCCCACGUCGGUGGUGACGAUUUCGAUGUCUAUCUGCCGCUGCGAUACUGCGCAAUGGACAUUAUCUGUGAGACGGCGAUGGGCAUCCAGUUGCACUGUCAAUCGAAUCCGACCGGACAGAUCAUUAGCGCUACGGAAGAGAUAAUCGACCUCGUGCACAAACGAGUGUUCGAUCCGGUACGCGGCCAUACGUGGGUCUAUCCGUUUACGCAUGCAGGACAUCGGACGAGAAAAACGGUGGAGGUGUUGCAUAACUUCACCAACUCCGUCAUACGCGAGCGUCGCCAGUAUCUUCUCGAUCUAGCUAGGCAACAUGACGGUGAAGGAGAAAAACCAGUACACAAAAUGACCUUCCUGGACCUGCUGUUGGAAACGCAAAUCGAUGGCAAGCCACUGCCGGAGGAUGAUAUUCGGGGCGAAGUGAGCACAUUCAUGUUUGCCGGCCACGAAACGACCACUUCCUGUCUUAGCUUUGUGCUCUACUACCUGUCGCGGUAUCCAGAGGUUCAGCAAAAGGUGUACGAUGAAAUCAAGACGAUUCACAGCGAGGUGGGCGAUCUGCGGAAUGCCCGGUUGACUUAUGCCUCCUCGCAGGAGCUCCGGUACUUGGAGAUGGUAAUCAAGGAAACACUGCGCCUGAAUCCUUCGGCACCGAUGGUUGGCAGAAGCUCGUGUGGCGAUAUGGUUAUUGAUGGUGUCACGAUACCGGCUGGUACGGAGGUAAUGCUUCAAAUCUAUGUCAUGCAGACCGAUCCGGAUAAUUUCCCCGAACCGGACAAGUUCAUUCCGGAGCGUUUCGCCGAAAGCGCAAGUGACGAUAUCGGAUUCGGCCGCAUGAUACCGUACAGCUUCAUACCGUUCAGUGCUGGCAGUCGGUCCUGUAUUGGCCAGCGCUAUGCGAUGCUGGAAAUGAAAACGAUUUUGGUGAAGCUACUAACCCAUUACCGCGUGCUGGCCAGCUCAGCAAAGCAGGAGCUACGGGUGAAAGCUGACCUAACGCUGAAACCCUACGGUGGGGCCUUCAUUAAACUAGUUGAAAGAUUCAAUUGAGUAAAAUCUACAGUGCAGAUAUCCACUAAAAUAGAAAA